AUGGCUGACGAGGAUCGAUCAUUGACGGAAGAUGAGAAGAAGGCUCGCAAGAAAGCCGAUCGUGAACGUAAACGUCAAGAGGCUCGUGAUGCGGCGGAAAAAAAGAAGCGUUUUGGUUUAACACCCGAAAAAAAACGAAAACUUCGUCUUUUGAUUAUGAAAAUGGCCACGGAUAAUCUUAAAGGUGAACAACAACGUCGUUUAGAGGCGCGAAAGAACUACAUUGAACAACGUUUGAAACCUCUCGAUGAUGUUAGUUCAAUGAGUGAUGCUCAACUUAAAUCACUCUGUCAAGAACUUCAUAAUCAAUUGAAAACAACGGAAGAAAGUCGCUAUGAUUUAGAAUUGCGCGUCCGAAAACAAGAUUAUGAUAUCAACGAAUUAAACAUCAAAAUCAACGACAUCAAAGGUAAAUUCGUUAAACCAUCGUUGAAGAAAGUCUCGAAAGCCGAGCAAAAAUUAAACAAAUUGAAGAAAGCGAAGGAAGACGAACCGAACUUCAUCAACAUGGCAAAUCUCAAACAAGCAACAAAUAAAUUUGCUCUCAAAGAAGAACAAAAGGAAGAGGAAAAGAUCAACUUUCGCGAUCAAGUUCAAUUGAAAUCUGCUAAAGAACAUAAAGACGAAGAAUAG